CCUCCAGGCCCUAUUGUGAGGACGGUAGAGGGGACGACCGAGGACAAAUCCCCCCCAGGAGGGGCUCCAAAGCCAUCCCAGGGUGCUCUGAGGAGGAAAGAGCCAGCCUGUGCCGGGAAGGCGGCUGGAGCUUGAGGCAGAGCUCCAACCUGGUGGUCCCUGAGCAACCUCUAAGCAGGGAGAAACCCUUCAGGUGCUUGGAAUGUGGGAAGAGCUUCAACCGUAGCUCUGCCCUGCUCCAACACCAGCACAUCCACACUGGGGAACGUCCUUACACGUGUGGGGAAUGUGGGAAGAGCUUUAACCGUAGCUCCAAUCUCUGCACCCAUCGUCACAUCCACACUGGAGAACGGCCCUACAAGUGCUUGAAAUGUGGGAAGAGGUUUCGGACCAGCUCCAAUCUCCUCCUGCAUGAGCAGACGCACACGGAUGAGAGGCCCUUCCGCUGCAUGGACUGCGGGAAGGGAUUCAAGCGGAACUCCAACCUCGUCAGGCACAAGCACAUCCACACUGGAGAACAACCUGGGAAAGCGGUGGGAGAGGAGGGGUAG